AUGAAUCGAAAUUUAUUAAAAACAUUUACCCCAAUUCAACCAAUAUUCUGUCGUUCUAAAGGUUAUAAAGCUCCUGGUGGUUUGCGUUACCCUGGAGGUAUCACAUACUACCCCAGACAUCCUGACCACAAAGAUCCUGAAUACACACCUUCAAAGCUUUUUAGGGUAGAAAGAAUUCGACCAGUAAAAAAUAACCCUUGGUGGCUUAAGACUAUUUUGAAAGAACUAAAAAUUGACGAAGAAAAUCGGGUAACAGUGGUUAAAAACAUACCUGAAAUCAAUGCUCGAUUAUGGAAAAUCAAACAUUUAAUCAAAGUAACCCCAAUUACUUUUCCUUAUGGAGAACCGUCCGAGAAUGAUAUUAAUCAUACAAUUUUGAAAGAAAAUGGACAGUGUGUAGUAACAAAAACCUUAACUCCUCAUCAAAGUCAAAUUGAAGCCUUAGAAAACUUUCAAAGUGAUAAAACUAAAAUGGAUUCAACAACAAUAAAAAAUGAUUCUAGAUAUAAAUGGAACAUUGCAUUUGGGGAUCCAACCAAAGCACAUAAAUCAAUAGCACAAUAUUGUGAUGGGAGUCCUGUGAGUGGUACACUAAAACAUACUGCAGAAGUAGUGAUAUUUCUGGACAAUCUAUUUGAUAGUGUGAAUGGUGUUUGCACUUACAAUAAAAAAAAACUUAUU